GUCUCCUAAAAAAAUGUAUAUAAAUUAAAAAUAGCCUUUUACUUUCUUUUCAAUGGAAUCUCACUUCGACUUGGCUACGUUUCCUGUCAAAGAGACCAUCAAGUUACUUACUGCCUUGUUAGAAAAGAUCACCCAAACAAAUGACCAGCUUCAUCUAGAAUUAGGCUCACAUCAACCCUCUACAUAUACUUGUUUUCAUGCUCGCUCUAUUCCUAGUAUAUCCAUUCAUGCCUAUUUCACUCGUAUUUUGAAAUAUUGUCCCUGUGCUAACGAGUGUCUGAUUGCUCUCUUGGUUUAUUUUGAUCGUAUGACUCAGCCAAGUCCUCAUCUCACUCCUCUUCAUAUUGACUCUUAUAAUGUUCAUCGCUUAAUUAUUACGGGGCUCAUGAUAUCCAGUAAGUUGUAUUCAGAUGUCUUUUUCACGAAUACUCGCUAUGCCAAGGUAGGAGGAUUGCCUGUCACUGAAUUAAAUGCAUUAGAAUUAGAAUUUUUGCGUAUGAAUAAUUACAACUUGUUUGUCGAUAUUGAUAAACUGCAGAAAUAUGGUGAUAAUGUAUUGGAACAUUGGCAUCAUUCCCAAGAUGUGUCAGCAUUAGCAGUGAGAGAGAGUCCACAGCAUGCGAUACAUGAAGAAAUCGCUAGACCUUUUAGUCGACUCACGAUGCAUACAAACGAGAAAUAUAAACCUAAUUCCACCACUGAAAAUGGUAUGGAAAAACAUUGGCGAUAUAAUAGACAAAGCUUUAAUUUGCGUAAUUCUACGGGCAAUGCUACUGAAGCAUACGAUACAAGAAAUUGCAUAUAAAUUUCUUUUUAUUACUAUUAUUAUUCUUAUACCUAUCUUUUACUUACACACACAUACAUACAUACAUACAUAUUUAUAUAUAUAUAUAUAUAUAUAUAUAUUCUCCUUUUCUUAUUUGAUAAUAUGUUUGAUUGAAGCAAUAAACUCUGG